ACCGCACGGCAUACAUAUUACGGCGGCAUGCCCAUCGAUUUGCCGUUCACGCGGUCCGUUUUGGCCACAGUGUAACCACGUCCCGGAAAAAACGAUGUACCGUCCGCGUUUCGGGAUUAUUUUAAUCAACAUCGGUGGUCACCCCGUCAGCAGCUGAAGGGCACAUAUUAUUAUUAUUUGAUAUCUAUUCUGGUAAUCAGCGGUCGGACGUCGGUCGGACGGCUAUAACAUUAUAGUCCCUCUUAUCAUUGCUAAAAUUUUCACACAAUAUAUUCCGGAAAUCCUGACUCCGACCUGUGCCCGUGACAUUUUACGUCGUAAAGAAAUUUGAAAAUUGGUUUAACUAACGCUGACAAAAUGGCCGUUUGGAGUUCACUAAAGCUGGGAUCGGCGAUCACCAAGUGUCUGAGUUCGAAGAAAACCGACGUGCUAAAAUCAUCUGCUCUUGUACCAACUCGUAACAUGAGUGGUCAUCAUCUAAUGAGUAUUAGGGAAACUCGUUGGCAAUGGACAAAGUUCAAGGAUUUAAUUCAUUAUUAUGUUUUGGUUGGUGUUAUUCCUUUGACUUUAUUUGUCACUGGUGUUAAUGUUUUUAUUGGACCAGCUAAAUUGGCUCCAAUUCCUGAAGGCUAUAGACCUGCGCAUUGGGAAUACCAUCAGCAUCCAAUCACCCGAUGGAUGGCACGCUAUAUUUAUCCCAGUCCACAACAACAAUAUGAAAAGUAUCUACAUACAUUAUAUGAAGAAGAUGAAAAAUUUAAAGUCAGAAUGGUAACUAUCAAAAUUGAUGAAAUGAUGAAGGAACGAUCAGACUACAAAUCAUUUUACUAUAGACCUAUCUCUGCUAACCAUCACAGAAUUGUCAAAGAAUCUAUGGAUCGUCAAGAAUCCGAAGGAUUAAACUGAUUAUACAUAUAUUUUGUAUAAUUAAAUUAGAAAUUGUUAAUUUUAUAGUAGGUACUAAAAUAUAUUUAUAACAUACAUUUAAAUACAAAUUAUACAAAAUAGAUUUGGAAAAAUCCAGAUAUUGUACUUUAUAUCACUUACUCAAAAAUGAUUAAAUUAAUUGUCUGGCCUGGUUUAGUCUGACUAAUUUUGUACAGAAUGUAAUCGGUUCAUAUUAUUACACAUUCAGUUUUAGAUCCUGAAUGAAUGCAUUGAUCUUUCAAAGAUGUGUUAUUAUUUUUUUUUUAAAUAAUUAUAGCUAUUUUAUAAAAUAUUUAAAAUUAUAUGUAUAUCUGGGUUUUA